AUGUAUAUCGCAAUAACAACAGGGGACCAAUUAGAAUUCUAUAGUAACCAAACUAAAACAAACAAUGAAGGAAUGCGCUUCAGGGACCUCACAGCAUUGGCGUAUGACGCAGUCCACAACAUGCUACUGUUUGUAGACAGACAGAGCGACAACGCCUCCAUAUUUAGUUACCACCUAGCCACUAAGAAAUACCAAUCGUUAGUUAGAAGGAGAUCGUUCGAAAACAUUCAAGGGCUGGCGUUUGACCCAGUGUUGAGUUUGCUAUUCUGGACUGACACCAAUGAGAGAAGCAUAUUUUGGAUAUCGCUUAAGCCUGGCUCUAAAAACGACCUCUACGGCAACCUUUUGAUAAAAAUGGAUGAUGAGAUGCCUAGAGCGAUUGCCGUCGACAGCUGUAGAGGGUACAUUUACUGGACCAACACAAAUGUUGCCAAGCCUUCGAUAGAGAGAGCCAGAUUCGACGGCUCCGAAAGAAAAAUCGUAGUUAACACAGAACUCUUUAUGCCAGUCAGCAUUGCAAUUGACCAAAGAACCAAACGGUUAUACUGGGCGGACGAUAAAGAGGGAAUACAUUAUUCGAUAGAAAGCUCAGACCUUGAUGGGAAAGAUAGGAAAACAUUACUCAUGGGUACAUAUCAUCAACCAAACGCCUUAACGAUUUCCAAAGAUUCCGUAUACUGGGUAGACUGGGGAUUCAGGUCAGUGUGGAAACUCCCAAAAGAUACACCAGCGGAAGCAGAGCCAUCUGAACUUCUCAAAUUCACGAACGAAGUACCGUUUGGUAUUGUCGCCAAUUACAAAAUUUCUGAUCAGAUAGAAGGCAGCAAUGAUUGUGUGGAAUUGGAAAGGUUGUCGCAAAAUAGAUCCGCAAUCAACGAUUCGUUUAAUAUACCCAAAGACAUUGGGCUGUUUUGUCUUCAUGGGGUCAAGAUGGAUGGGAAGUUGGAGUGUAAAUGUAGCCCUGGAUAUACGGGAGAGAGAUGUGAGGAAUCCGUUUGUCACAACUUCUGUUUCCAAGGAGAUUGUACAUUAUCAUCUAAAGGGGAACCGACAUGCAGGUGUAAAAAUGGGUUUUCGGGCCCGAGAUGUGAAGUGGAUGCGUGUUAUGGUUACUGUCUUAACAACGGCAUGUGUUCAUUAGCCGAGCAGUCUCCCACCUGCCAAUGCAGCUCUGAUUACGAAGGAACCAGAUGUGAAACCCUCAAGAUUGUAGCAACAACGAUCGCCAGUAUACCAGUGGGGCCAACCAAAGAAGAAUGCAAUUGCACUACAGAGCAUCUAGCGACAUCGAAUCAAGUCUUAUCGGACAGUGCGAAAACCGAUGGGGAAUUCGUGGUACAAACCGAUUGCAGCCAAGAAUGGGAUAGCGUUAGAGACCCAGUUAUUGUGGUACUGGGGGUUUUGAGUGGACUACUGUGUGUGGCUUGCACUUACCUGGUCACAAAGGUGAUACAGCUGAAAAAGAGGCCAAGAAUUAAGAAGCGGAUCAUAGUGAACAAGAACGUGACUCCUAUGACGGCGAGACCGGACCAGUGCGAGAUCACCAUAGAGAACUGCUGUAAUAUGAACAUCUGCGAAACACCCUGCUUCGAACCAAGGUCUACAAUCAGACCGACGCUAGGCGACUCAAAACCGGGCAAAGAAGAGAAGAAGAACCUCAUCGCUAACAUGGAGUACCCAGAGGAGUACUAGCACAAAUUAUCCCGCUGUAUUAGCAAAACUAGCUGAUUGAUAUAAACGAAGAAAAGGCCGACUCCAAAAUUCUUUGAAUUCUACUACAGAACUAUUAUGUCAUUUAGAGAGUACCAGCCCCUGGCCAUUUACGAACGAAAGGCAGAAAUGAAGGAUAGAAAUCCAGUUGGAUCUCGCUUCGACUGUUCGUGUUUAUGACAGUAGGGGCAGGUCUUUCUUCAAUGUAAUAAAAUCUACACUAUUUUGUACUUUAUGGUGACUAAGAUAAAACAAAAUAUAGCUUGACGUUUUAAGAUAUUUUCUAUAAAUGGUCAGUGUGCACUAAUAGUUAUAGGAAAUAAAGAUCAACCUUUUCAAUAAUAAGCGGUUUCAUAAGGAGUCGGGCAUUUUCUUCGUUACAUAUUGCGCCAAAUGUAACCAAAUUGUGAUAUUAUAACACGACUAUUAUGGAGAAACUGAUGUCGUUAGGCUGUGUUCUUAUUGGCUGCAAAAAUCUGAGUUCAAUGUAACUAGAUUUUAGACUAUAGGGUGUCGAUUUGUUCAGUAUAUAAAGACUAAAACCAACAAUUUAAAGUUAUCAUGGGAUGGCAUUAUAAACAACGUGCCUUUCAAGUAAACACAAUAAGCACAAGCUUUAUUGUCCAUGUAAAUAGUUCUUUUUUUCAGUUACUAAAUAGGUUUAGGGAUUUUUUUGAUCAUGUAUAGGUAAAUAAAGCAACCAAAUGCCAAACCAUGUUAAUUAUAUCUAAGUUGUGAUGUUUUUCGUUAUUAUAAAAAGUUUAAUUAUCGAUAACCGAUUCCCCAAAGUUUAAAAUACGUUUACCAUUUAAUACAUACUUAAAUACAUGAAAUCGGUUAAUAUAAUAACGAAUAAAUGUCAAGCUUUCAUAAAUGGCAUUUACACAAAAGUUUUAUUUAUUUAUAAGUACGUAAAAGCUUAUCUUUAUUGAAUAAGCUCCAAGAAAGUAAUAAUGUUGUAUUUACGAACAUUAUUGUUAAUAUCGUAUUUUUACUAAAUUACGAAAUACAAUAUAACUUACCUAUUAUGUUCUUUGUAGUACCUGUAUAGCCACUUUUUCUUCUGUAACGUGACUUUUUCUCUAUUAAAUACCAAUUAUUUUCGUGUUGACAUUUCAAUUAAAAUAUGUAGGUAUGUUUAUGUUCAUCGACCAUAUUCCGUUAAUUGUGUUCAGUUAAACAUUAAUUUAAUUAAUAUUGCUUCUCUGUAUCAGUUCUUCCAAUUGUUUUUAUAAAAUCGACUUGUUGACUAUUUAUAAACAUGUUAUGAUUAUGAGUGAGAAUUUGUAUCAAUUGAUGUAUUUGUACACAUUAGUUAGGUAUUUAUGUAGCGAAUGCAACAGUGAAAAUAUUUUGGACAAUCCUCGUUCCCAAUCUUUAAACUUCAGUAGAUUGGUUUAUAAUUUUGUUGGUCGUGCUUGGUUUUGAAGUUAUGUCUUGGGGGGCGUUCAAGUAUUACGUAACGCAAUUUGGGGGGGAGGUCUUGUAAAACUUUGUGUUUGUGUUUUUAAAAACAAUGUUUUUAUUUAAAUAAAAAAAAACUAGGGUAAUUAAAUCUUUAUUGAGAAUUAGAAUUCGAUUGUUUUAAUUAUUAAUUACAACCACAAACACGAUUAAAACAAUAACAAAAGUAAUUUAGCGACUUUCCGGUAGUUUGUGCAUCGUUACGGCGCGUUAGAUGGGGGGGAAGGGGGGUCAAAAAUCUAUAAAAUUUGCAUUACGUAAUACUCGAACGCCCCUUUGUUUAUUAUUAUUUAUAAUAUUAAUAGUACACUCCGAAACUGUUUUCACUGUUUAAAUGUUUUAUUUUUUACUGCAAAUUAGUAAUUCCCAACACAGAGUCGGUACUUAAAUUAUAAAAACAUUAUCCUCAUGAUAAUGCCAUAUUCACAAUGAAAGUACGCGGGGCGGUUUGCACUAUAAAAUAUUCGUGGGUUAUUUUAAACUUAACCUGCUUGCUUUGGAUCAAUACUUUUUGCGAUCGUGCUUUCAAUGUGAAUCACUAUUUAAUACGUCUCUAAUAGUUCUCCAAAUACUUAUCAUCAAUGUACUUAUUACGAAACUAUUAGGUACUUAUGAAAAAUGGGAAAAUUAUGGGAGACCAUCAUAUUGUAUGGUUUAGUUACAAAUGUAUAGACCUCAAUGACGUGCGAUUGUAGUAGUAUUUAGUUCAUCUCGGUGCAUCGUAUCUCGACAGGCUUGCCGAAGCACUUUUAUCAAUACGUGCUUCUUUAGAUUUUAGAUUAAGAAUUUAAUGUUCCUACAGUUCCAGAUGGGUACCUCUUACUAUAAAAAAAAUACUAAUCCGAGUUCGAUUAUUAAAUUGAUUAUUUUUAAAUAAAAUUAGAAGAAUCUCAAUUUAUUCCAAAUUUUUAUUAAUUAUUGUAUUUAUUAAACUUCGUGACUAUUUAAAUUUUACUAUAAAGCACUACAAAGGGCACAUAUUAAUAAUUUCACCGAGUUAAUUUUUUAUUAGUGACUAAAUUGAAUUUGGCUGAUAUUUAUUUUUUGUAAGCGGAUUCGUUGGUCUACUUUGGUGGUACUUAGAGGACUAGACAAUUUAGUUUUAGAUUUUUUUAUUAGAAUUAGCUUAGUCCGUGGAUUGAUAAUAUCCACAUCAGAAAUGUGAUAUUAUUGAGUCUUUGUAUAAGCAUUAAUAUAGAAAAAAAUAUGAUUUAAUAAAAAAUAAAGAGCUUUUCGAAAGGAACCAAGUCUUUGAAUGAAACCCUUUUUAUUAAAAACAUAUUUAAUAUAUAGUUUUCUAAAAAUUAUACUAAUUGUUACACCAACAGAAUUAAUGCGUGUAUCUUCAAACAAAAUUUACAGGCGCUCAUUGAUUGCAAUAAUUAAAUAAAUAUUGUUAUUAUAUGUAAAUCGAUGUUAAGCGACCUUUAUAUUUCAUGCUGCGUUUCCACCUAGUGCUCGGAACAGUUCCGAAGGAGCAUUUGUUCAUUCGGUAAAUGGAAUACUCGAAAUAAUGUUGCGUUGUUUCUCCAUUGAUGACUGAGCAAGAGAGCUUUUGUUCCCCCAGUGCAGUGAAACAUUUAUCUACGGACUCGUUCGCUCGCUCUGAUGUUUCCAUUUAUCGAGCGUGCAAAUGUUUGCUAGUUCAAAACUGUUCUGAGCUUAAGUGGAAAUGCAGCAAUAUACAACCCUGUAGGGUGACUCUGUAAGAUAAAAUCUCACUUGCGAGUUCGAUAUUUUAUAUUUUUUACAUUAGGUAAAUAUGCUACUGCACGGCAAAAUAUCAUAAUGACUGUUGAAGCAGCCAGUAGCAGAUAUUUGACAAUAGUCAAACAUCCAAAUAAAUGAAAUCGUAAGUAUUUUAUUGUAUAUUGUAUCCUAUAGAAUCGAUAAGCUGAAUCGGUCCCAUGGCCAAAUGUAGAAAAUCGACACCAAUAACCCACAAUAGCUACAGAGCGUUAAAACCGCGCGAUAAAAAGAAGUAACUAGCAGCCGAAAUUGUAUUUUCAACUAUACGUCUAACGCAAACAAAGCGGCUCGACAAAGAGGUCCCGUUAAGGAUCGUGCACAUUAUGUCGGGCCGCAGCUGGUCGGUUCACAAGGCAAAAAUCCACUCCCAUCGCUCGUAUCUAUUUUAUAUGAACUAUCACACACUGUGCCGGAGUGCAGCGAGCCAUUUUUUUUUGAGUGUGUAUGCUGUUGGUCGCGGAUGACCUUUACAGCGUCACCGGGUUUAGGGACGGCGAGGUCCUAAGAAGACCUCAAGCCGAGAAUUGGCGAGUGCCUCUAGUGGUAUUCCAGGCGGAUGGCUGGAAUACCACUGGAUAUCUCCCCAAGGGGGGAAUCUCCUCUGCGUCUGGAGCCUCUAGACCACUCGAACCUGAUGGGUCGGCUCAAGUAGAGGGCGGCUCUGAGACUCGAACCUCGGCUACAGCGGGCCACGUAUUCCACCGCUUAUUUAUGGUUGCGUGCGAUGCAGCGCGCCCCGCUAUACCCAGAUACAGUGUUCAAGCGGAUUGAAGUGCACAGAAUGAGGGCUACCGUUAUUUGUCUCACCAGAUGGCGCCACUGUUGAGUGAGGUCAUGAAGCGUAGCUUUUGAACUUUGUAAAUACGAGCGUGAAAUCAAAGUUUACAUUAAAUCAUAUUGUAAUACAAAAAACCGUAUCGUAUACAGCCAUGCCGCAGUGUGGCGCAGUUCCGUUUGUUCGGAAAAAAGGAGGACAUUAUACAUUUUCUUAGCUCCGAUUUUAAAUAACUGACAAUUAUUGACACGUAACUCAUAUUUUCCAUAAUUAAUAUAAUUACCUAUUAUUUUAAUUAGAAACAAACCCGCGUAAUCAACCCACUAGCAAUAACAUUUGACAUUUCAGAGAGCUCACGCUACACAAGCGCCCCUAGCGGCGGAUUCAUAAGCGAUAGCCCUCAUUGCAUGGAAGUCUGGCAGUACCAUAGAGGUAUAAGAAAAGAGUAGAUGAGAUAUAGACUCUACUACAAGUGAGUGUCAAAAGUGAAUGAAGAUGAGAGACCGCUAACUUUCUCUCUCUAAUCGCGCAUGCGCAUUGGCAACCGUAAGCAUCUAUUUCGAUGUGAUGCCAUUGGAUGCCGUGCGUCACAAGAGAGAGAGAUAGCUAGCGGUCUCUCCUCAAUCAAUAAAUCAAAUCAUUUAUUCGUUCGUUGUCUUCUUUCUACUAGACGGACACUUUUAGAGCCGCCUUCCCCACUCUAUUCUUAUACCUCUAGGCACAGUACGCUGUACCCAAAACCCGUCAAGGUCCUGCGACUCGGCCCGUCACUAAUGUGCUAAGUAAGCAUUUUGCGAUGCGGUGCGGCUUCUUCCGCCCCGACAAUGUGUGCAAACCUUUAAAACGCUUACUACGAUACCUAUUGCUAUUUAACGCAUGUUUCAAAACUGCUCGUGUGAACAAGAGUUUACAAGACAAUUUCAGGCCAAAAAAAGAUUCACAGCCUUUUGCUAUACUUUUCAACUUCUUUUACAACUUGCAAGUAACUUACAAUUUCAUUAGUAAAAAAAGAAGUUGCUUGGAUGUUUAGCAAACUCAAAAAAAUAUAAUCAUAUAUUAUAGUAUUGCAUAUUAACAUUAUACACAAUAAUAUUCAAUUAUAUUUUAAAGCAUUUUUUUACAAUUAUAUACCAACAUUCAUGAGUUAAAUAUCAAACAAAAUAACCCCUACUUACAAAAACUUAUGACAUAAAUAAAAAUAGAAUUCAGAACUAACAAAAAAGCAACCAUUAGUUUAAUAUAUAACAUAUAUUGUAAGAUAAAAAAUACAGUCUUAAACUACAAACUAUACUUUCUAAAAACUGGCCAGCUGAUAAGGUUAUGUUUCAAAUUUAACAACUUUUUUCUACCUUUCACGCACCACGUUCAUACUAAAGCUAUAAUUUACUUUGACGUAAACAGAAUCAAAUGAAGCAGUAAAAAUAUAUGAUCAUAAAUAUUUCUCUUGGAGAACAAUAACAAGAAGUGUAUGCAAUGAUCGCUAGAGAGGCACUGAAAUAUCGCUGCUGAUGGCUUUUUCAUUAUCGUGCCAAUAUUUACUAUCAGAAUCUAUAGCGGGCCACAAUUUGCCCCACUGGGCAAUGGGCAUGUUAUACUUUGACAGAGGGAAAAGCGUCCGUGUUUCUUUAUAAAAUCUGCCGCACUUUAUUAAAGUUGAUGCUGUCACUUUCUUUGCAACAGCAAUAAAGUAACACAAAAGAUCGCAUUAACAAUCAAUAAAUAAAAUUAACACAAACUUUCAAUCACCCACGUCCAGUUUUGCAGAUAGCUCCGAAUUUCACUUAAUUAUGAUAUUUACAAAACCCAACGAAAAACAACGGCCUAUGGUACGUAGAACUUAACAUAAUAGCAAAUAACGCCCUUAACACUACGUAAUAAGGACGUAAAUUAAAAUUCGUAAAUAAAAUGCUAAAUAAUUCCGGCUAAAUUUAAAACGACAAUGGUGUGAAUUCUAGCAUGAUCUCUAAACUUAAAGCUAACUUUAUCGUAAGCUUAGAUUAAAACAAAAAGAGUAGAUACGGCACUAGCCUCACAAAAGUGAUCCGCACAAAUUGUGGUCCACGACCCUAAUCGCUUUAGUCACAACUUGACAUGCAAACGACGUAGAUGUGAACGCCAAAAAGAAAUAUUGAUAAUAUUUUGUCUUUAUAUGAUAAAACAAUGCCUAAGUAUGUUUUUAAAAAGUGCUCAAAUUGCUCAAGAACUAAAAAUAAAACCCACGGCAUCACUUUUUAUUCGUAAGUACUAUAAAAGAUAUUCUUUCAUAAAAAAAUCUGUUUGUUUUGAAUCUUAUUCGGAAGUGACGUCGAGUACUGGUCGCGUGAUUGGUCGGUAGUGCAGUGACGCGGAUCUUGCCGUCUCUUUCGCGCGCCGUUGAAACUUAACGUGCUAUUUCGCUCAGGUCGGUAAUGCAGUGACGCGGAUCUCGCCGUCCCGUUCGCGCUGCCGUGGGAUCAGUUUUUGUUUGAAGCAAGUAUGAGCGUAUCGUAUCUACCCUUAUUGUAUUAAUCUAAGAUCGUAAGUAUCUCCUUUUCAUUCUGUAUAGAGAAUGACAAGAAUAUACUAUUGUCAAAUUUAAGUUUAGGUUUAGAGAAUCCGGCCAGAAUCGACACCUGUAUUGAACUAAAAACAUUUUUAUUUGAGACGACUGUAUUAAAUCAAAAACAU